UCGGUCCAGCUGCGCUCUGGUCGGGAGUCCCAGACAUGUCCGCGGAGAGAGAGGUAGCCGAGGUGGCCACCAUCGUGGCGGAGGCCGAAGCAGGGGCCGGAGAAGACACCUCUUCUCAGCCCCCGAAAGCCGAGGCCGCUGGCGACGCCCAGCCAUCCGCGACUUCCGAGGGGGCCGCCGCCGCGCCGCCGCCGCCGCUGCGGUGCCUGGUGCUCACCGGCUUCGGCGGCUACGACAAGGUGAAGCUGCAGAGCCGGCCUGCCGUGGCACCGGCCCCCGGUCCCGGCCAGCUGACGCUGCGCGUCCGGGCUUGCGGGCUCAACUUCGCCGACCUUAUGGCCCGGCAGGGGCUGUACGACCGGCUACCGCCGCUGCCCCUCACUCCAGGCAUGGAGGGCGCCGGCGUCGUGAUCGCGGUGGGCGAGGGAGUGAACGACCGCAAGGUAGGGGACCGGGUGAUGGUGUUGAUCCGGUCAGGCAUGUGGCAGGAGGAGGUGACUGUGCCCUCAGCCCAGACCUUCCACAUGCCUGAGGCCAUGACCUUCGAGGAAGCGGCUGCCUUGCUGGUCAAUUACAUCACAGCCUACAUGGUCCUCUUUGACUUCGGCAAUCUACGGCCUGGCCACAGCGUCUUGGUACACAUGGCCGCAGGGGGUGUGGGCAUGGCCGCCUUGCAGCUGUGCCGCACGGUGGAGAACGUGACGGUGUUCGGGACGGCCUCGGCCAGCAAGCACGAGGUGCUGAAGGAGAACGGGGUCACACACCCCAUUGACUAUCACACGACUGACUACGUGGAUGAGAUCAAGAAGAUCUCCCCGAAAGGAGUGGACAUCGUCAUGGACCCUCUGGGUGGGUCAGAUACUGCCAAGGGCUACAACCUCCUCAAACCCAUGGGCAAAGUGGUCACCUAUGGAAUGGCCAACCUGCUGACGGGCCCCAAGCGGAACCUGAUGGCCCUGGCACGCACGUGGUGGAACCAGUUCAGCGUGACGGCCCUGCAGCUGCUGCCCGCCAACCGCGCCGUGUGUGGCUUCCACCUGGGCUACCUGGAGGGCGAGGUGGAGCUGGUCCAAGGCGUGGUGGCCCGCCUCCUGGCUCUGUACAACCAGGGCCGCAUCAAACCGCACAUCGACUCUGUGUGGCCCUUUGAGAAGGUGGCAGACGCCAUGAGGCAGAUGCAGGAGAAGAAGAAUGUGGGCAAAGUCCUCCUGGUGCCUGGACCAGAAAAGGAGAACUAGGGCGGAGGCUGGCAGACCCUCAGGGCCCCGGGAAGAGAGACACCAGGGGCCGCACUGUGCUGGUCUCCAAACUCUCACAUUUCAUCCUCUGUCAUCAUGCUCUGCCCUCUCUCCCCUGAAGGUCUCCGUCCUGAUGGCCUCUCCCCUGCCCUGUUCUGUCUCCUGAGGCAGGGCUGCCCCCCCCCUUCCUGCCCUCGGAAGAGGUUGGGAAGUGACCACUUGGAUGUCUGGGCCCUGCCAAGGGGACAGGGAGGGUCAGAGGGAGGCCGGCUGCUUCCUGCCCCCACCCUUUCCCUGGGCCUGCUGUGCUGCUUUUGUGCCAAGGUUAGCCGAUCCCUUUCCGUCCAGUUCUGUGUGCUCCCCCUCCACCGCCUCAUCUCCCACUCUUGCCCCUGCCCCACCCCCACCC